UUAAAGUGAGACGGUAACUCGAGCCAGUCUUAAAUUGUACACCGUCACUUGGUCUCGAAACAAACUGUAGUGUUGAUCAAACUUCAAUGUCUUACGGAAGUGCCCGCUAUUUUUUAAAAACACUUCAAAAAUAAAAACGCGGUCGUGUAGUGAAAUCAAAAUUUGAUUUAGUAUUGUUUAGUUUUAAAUAGUUAUUAUUACUUGUGAUAAUCAUAACAAUGUAAUUUAAGAAAAAAAAAUAAGAGUAUUAUAAACAGAGAACCGUCAAAUGAGGGUGAUCUUUCAUAUAUUUCUCAAUGGAGCACAGCCCGCGUUCACGCCAGGCAGUAGUAACAAUAACGUGUCAGGUCUCGCGAGUUCCCCGUGGGUAAUUGUGCCCGGUAAGGUCGUAAAGAAGCGGAAGACAGUUUUAUAGUCCCGACCCACGUGGCGCUCGUAAAGUAACUCGGCUCUUGUGGCGGUUGCUUACCUCUCUAUUAGUUAGUGUGAUCCUCCCCAUCGUUCAUUAUCGAAUCAUUAUUGUGGUGAUAAAUCAUUCAUUUGGUUAUAUGAUAACUUGUAAAUGAUAAAAGACCUUUAAAUAGCUAUAAAAAAUUGUAUAAAUAAUAAUUAAACGUGUUGAAACGUAAGUGACAUGUUGCUACUCAAGCGUUAUUUUUAGUAAUUAUUUAGCAAAAUGAUCAGUUGAUUGUUUGAAGUAAAAAUAAUUUAUGAUUAACAUAAAAGUGCAAAUGCUGUGAAUAAUCCAAGUGACGUUGUUGCGAAACAUUUGCAUGAUAUCGCACGUUAUUAUUUUUUUUCCAACGAAAUCAAAAGUGCUAGGAGUUGACUUAUUCAACCAACAAUGAGUUCCUAUCAGUUUGUAAAUUCUUUAGCAGCCUGUUAUGGAGGGCAACAACCCCAACAACAGCAGCCACGUCCAUCACCUAAUUCUCCAAGUGAGGCUCUACAAGCUGCAUCUCCCGCCGGUAAUGAUUACUAUAAUCCUAAUGCAGCAACAACUGGUUAUCCAACUCCAUGCUAUUCACCACAACAGCACUAUCCUCAACAUCCUUAUGCAACACCAGCAUCAGGACUGCAGCACCCAGCACCAACGGGGAUGAUUGACUACACCCAAUUACAACCUCAACCGAGGUUAAAUGCAACAGCUUCUCAACAUACCAUGCACGCUCAACAAUCACAGCAUCACUCACAGCAUCAUUCUCAGUCCCAAAUUCUAUCAGACCCUACUGCACCGCUUUUACAAGGCGUGACACCUUCAUCAGCACCUUCAACAUCAAGUUGUAAGUACGCCGAUUCAACUUCUUCGACAAGCGUAGCUUCUCCUCAGGAUCUCACGACAUCAACAUCGCGAAAUAGUCCGACGCCACUAGCUGGUACUAGUAAAUCUAGUACUACAAUUACAUCACCAUCUGGGAGUUCGGUGAGACCGUCAGUUGCGGCAUCUGCAUCAUCACCACCUAGUGGAAGUUCCAGAGCUGUUGCUGAAGGUAGCACAUCUCUAACGACAGCAUCUUCGGCGUCAUCACCAGCUUCUUCCACAUCUAGUACUUCCAGCACUGGAAAUAAUUCAUCUAAUAAAGCCAAUUCCAGUAAUAGUAAUCCUCCUCAAAUAUAUCCGUGGAUGAAAAGGGUUCACAUUGGACAAAGUACUGUGAAUGCAAAUGGUGAGACGAAACGUCAAAGAACGUCUUAUACAAGGUAUCAGACUUUAGAAUUGGAAAAAGAAUUCCAUUUUAAUCGUUACCUAACAAGGCGGCGGCGCAUUGAAAUUGCACAUGCACUGUGUUUAACAGAACGUCAGAUUAAAAUAUGGUUCCAAAAUCGACGAAUGAAGUGGAAAAAAGAACACAAGAUGGCGAGUAUGAACAUCGUACCGUACCAUAUGUCACCAUACGGCCAUCCCUACCAGUUCGCACCGCACCCGAGCCAGUUUGCCCAUUUGGCCACAUAGGACGAGUUCUCGCCCGCCGAGCUCGGAGCACACGCUGUCCGGUUUCCCAGUAUGUACGGUGAGCAGAAUUUCUAAGGCUUCCUAUGCUAUAACAUCCCAUCAACUUGUACACAAGUUAAGAUAGGCAGCAUAAAAUGAUACUUGACUUGUUCUGGAGCACUUGAAUGAUUUGUUGUUUCAUUUGUCCAUAUUUGUAGACAAACGAUCUACCAUCCGAUCCAAUUAGAUCGAUUACAUCUGGAAGAUUCAUUCAUUUAUUCCAAUUUUAUAUAUUUUAUUUAUUAACCAUUUCAUCAUCACAUGAAAUAUAUUUAUAUAUAAACUAAGACAUUACAUGUCAUUCGAUUGCUACAGUACAUCUUUCCAAGUCAAUCAACUGUUGAAAGUUGAAGGGAAGCUCAUUAGAAACAAUAAAAUUCUGCUUUUAAAUAAUAUCCGUACACCUGAAAUUCAUCAAGACUGGACUAUACUCCGAGAUGACUCUCAUGAUAUUGCAAUAUUAAAUAACUAAAUUAAAAAUUAUGAACUUUAAUUAAAUUUUAAAUAAAUUGCAGAGAGUCAAACUCAGUGGGCGAGAUGAAAGAGUCUCAUUAGUUUGUAAGAUUAAACUUCAAUGCAUCUAAAUAGUUAAAAAAAAAAAACAAACAUAUACAUAUGUAUGCAUUAGGAUGUUUCAAAACAAAAAAAACUUUUUUUUUUCUUAUAGUCUCGAAAGCUGGUUUUAAGUAAAAAAAAAAGUUGUACCAAAAGAAUAGCUUGAAAUCUCAAUCUUAUUAAGAGCUUUAAGAGGAAGACAUUUUUUUUUGUUUUUUUAAAAUAAAAGUAUUACAAAAAUUUUUUUCGAAAAUCGAAGAACGUAGGAAAUUAAAUUCUCCACUAAGCAGUCUCUGAGUCUUUUCUUCGUAGAACUAACAGAAAAAAAGCUAUGAUGCAUUAAACUAUAUUAAAUAGUAUGUUUUUAUUGUAUGAAACUGUUUUUUGACAAGAAUUAGAUUAUGUCAUUUAAGCUAAUGCCACCCGUGAAUUUUUUUUUGAAUACAUGAAAAAAAUUUUCCUUACUUAAAAAAGAGAGUUUUUUUAUUUGUAAUUUAAAAACACAGAAAGAAAAAAAAUUAAUUCUUAAAAAAAAAUAUUUUUCUUUAGAAAUUUAUACGGAAAAUAAGUAAGAUCUCAGAAAUCUUUUUGAAAAACCUGACUGAUUAUACAUAAUAUACAGACUCACCGUAAAAACAUGUACAUGCAAUAAAAUCCGGAAAUCAUCUUUAUGUAAAUUUUUCAAUUUAUUAUUGUUUCAAGCUUCAUAACUUUUCUUCUAUUAGUUGUGCGAAGAAAACACUCAGGGACUUUUUUUUGUAGAGAAUUGAAUUUCCUAUAAGACUAUGUACUUUGGAUUGAGAAAAAAAAUUUUUUCAUUAUUUUUAUUUAUGAAAAUUUAAAAAAAAAAUUUCUUUCGCAUGUAAUUCAAAUGAGAAAAUGAAUAUUCGUUAAACUCUUAGCAGGGUUGAGAUUUCGAGCUGCUCUUUUGGGAAGAUUUUUUCUAUACCUAAGACUAACUUAGUAGAUCAUAAGACUUGAAAAAAAAAAAUGUUUUUUGGAAUCAUCUUAAUUGAUAUAUAUAUUUAUAUAUAUGACUGUAAAUGCUUGAAAACAGUGUAUUUUUUCUUUUACGUCGGCGUUCAAUAAUGUUUGCAUUUGUGAGCCAGAAAAAAAAUACAAACAUAAAGUACUUAUAUUUUCACGCUUUCCUCUAUCGGAUAGGUGAAUUAAUUUAUAUGACAUACGUUAUCACAAUUUUUUUGUUAUUCGAAUUUCUUGUAAAUUCUUACCAAAAUGAAAAAAACCUUGUAGGUUAAAGUUAGACUUAAUUAUAGUAAUGAAUAUGAUUUUGACAAAAGCAAAACUAAGAGCAAUUGAUUAGAACGUUAAAUGUACAAAGUAUACCGUUCUAUAUUUGUUAUAUGAAAAUGUUAAUAUAACAGUGUCUCAUAUAAAUUUCUAGAAUAUAUAUAAAUGCCUGAUAAUACUCAAAGCUUUAUUGAUAAAAUGAAAAAUAAAUCGAAUCAAAAAGCAUUAAUGAAAAGAAAAUAGAAUAUUAUUUGUUUAAUACAUCGGUUUUAAAGAAAUAAUUUGGAAAAUAUAGAUCAUACAUUAAUCAUUUAUUUAAGAAACGUCUGAUAAAUACAAGCAUGUCGAAACAUUGAAAUAUUUUGAAUAGAUCUUACAAUAAUUGAAAAAGCUAAAUUAAUUUAUUGAAGAAAAGUUAUGUUAUAUAAUUUUAAAAAUAUACGGAGAAAAGUUUAUAAUAAUUUUGCUACAAAAUUUUUAUGAAGAAACUUCUAUGCAGUAUAGUGACAAAUACGUUCCAACAUCAUAUCAGUGCUUUCUAAUUUUGGGAGCUUCAGACUAUAAAUUUUUAUUGAUAGGGAGAGUAAGAGAGGGGGGGGGGUGAACAAAAAAAAUUUUCGUUUUUCGAGUACAAAACGUGUUAUCGCCUCAAAAAGAAGGGAAGAAAAAAAUUUUGGAAAUUCAAUAAAUUUGAUUCAAUUAAACUUUCGUAUAAGUAAUUUGCAUAAUGGAAAAUGACAUUUCACACAAUUAUUGGAUGCAAAGAAAGAAAAAAAAAAUUUUAAUAGUUUUUGUUAUAAAAAAAGUCAUUGACGUUUUCGACUGAUACUUUCGAUUUUUGAAAACAUUAAACAAAAAAAAUUCAAAAUAAUGCUCAAUUACAUUAACAAAAUUGUGCCCCAUUUCGCACCCCCUCCCUUUCUUAUAUCAAAUUACAUAAUGUUCCAAAACUUUUGUUGUAUUGCAUCAUUUUGAAAAAAAACUUUUUUUUCAUGAAAAAUAACAAGAUUUCAAUGUAUCCUAUUAAAAAGUGUUAGAUUGUCGUACAGUUGUUACCAUAUGUUUUGGCAGUUUUUAAGUAUAAAAUUUUCUCCGUGUAUUAGAUAUAUUGAAUUUGUAUAAAUAUGAAUAAAUAAGAUUUUAUUGGGUAUUGAA